CCAAAGAAAAGAAAAUGAAUAGACAUUAAGGUGUUACUACUUAGAGAUUCAUGUGGAUAAAGCGUGUGUUUACAAAAAUGCUGGAUAUUUCUUCUUUAUUUUGGAUUAUAUUAAAGUCAAAGCAAACUUGUGGCUAGCCAAGUGGAUGUCAUCACAAUGUAGGCAGCCAGUAGCAUUCGCUGUCCAUCAUCGUCCAUCGUAGUCACCUUUAGUGUUUUGUCUGUUUCCUUGUUUUCCUCCUCAUUUUUACCUGUGUCUCUCAUCAGCUGUCAAGACUACACUAUAAGUGACUUACUUCAACUGGGCUGCACUGAACUGAUAGAAACCAACGUAUUCCAUUCUAAGAAGUCCUCCAAAGAAACAUCACUAUGGACCAGUGAGCUGUCUGUGGAUAAUGCAAAGAAAUUGACUAUGAUCACGUCUGCUGUUUAAGCUUCCGCGUGACAGAAGCCAUUCAUCCCGAGAUCUUGAAGUGCUCUGAAAGUCGUGGCUGUGUUUGGAGACACUAUCGCUAAAUGUGAGUUGAAAUUGUUGUACUCUGACGCCUUGGUUCUGACUUUAUUACCGAGAGAAUGGAUUCUUUCACAUGACUAGUCUUCUGUUGAUGCGAUAUAUUUCUAGUGGAUUAGAACUUUCUCUCCUCUCUCCACAAGUUUGUUGAGGACUUCUGCUGUUAGAUCCAUGAACACCAAGUCGCUGUGAAAACGAACUGUGUAUAUCUUGGAUCAUUUGACAUCUACCUGGAGUAGAAUUGACCUGGAAUACUCGGCCUGAAGUACUCGGUUUAAACAAGUUCUACAAAACAUUCUGGUGUCCCAGUCUAGUAGGGCUUUCAUUUUUCACAUCUAUCUUGCAAGAGGAACAGUUUUGUGAUCCACAAGGGCGCCUUCGCUUCUUCGUGUGAGGAUGUUGGACGCGCUUGACCAGGAGCAGGGAGCAGUGUAGCUAAUGAUGGCAUUUGGUCAGCAUCGGACCAGGAUAUGGAGUCAGAAUAACGCGUUAAUCCCCUGGAUUAGUCUACUGCUUGGGUACCUGCUCUGCCUCAUGGGAAUCACUGAAGCUCUAGCUGAGGUGUUCCCUGAAUUUAGCGAGCAGCCCCAAUCACAAGUAUUCUCACAUCAUUCUCCGGUGACACUUCGGUGCGCCGCCACCCCAGAAGACGCCCAAAUACGAUGGCUUUUCAACGGCCAGCCUCUAGACGAGCGGCGACAUACAAACCUGAUAGUCCAAGGAUCCAACCUGCACUUUUCUUACAUACACCGGCACGCGGACCAGCACUCAGACUUAGGGGAGUACCGCUGUACCGCCACCACGUCACUAGGGACAGUCAUCAGCCAACCGGCGAUCUUGUCCAAGCCUGUGCUCGGAACGUUCAGCCCGUCUCCAGAUGUCAAGGUUACAGUUCCCGAAGGUGGAUACGCUACACUGACCUGCGAUCCCCCGGCCAGCAACCCUCCAGCCAAGAUAGUCUUUCAGACCUCACGGGGCGACUUUGUGAAUACGACUAGAGACACAGUCCACCCCCUGCCAUCUGGGAACUUGGUCAUCACCAACAUCACGUCCAGUUCUGGUACUGGCGACUAUAGGUGUGUAGCCGUAAACCCGGCCAGCGGCCACAAUGUGACGUCCACGCGGGUGAUUAGUCUUCAAAUAGACCGCAGCAACAGUGAAGUAAAACUGAUGCCUGGCAUGAAACGCAAGGUCCAGGUUGCCAUGGGUGCAGACGUCAGCCUCGAGUGUCCGAGCUAUGGUCAACUUGGUGGCAACAUCACAUGGAGCAAAACUGGAGGCAGCCUUCCGAUUGGUCGUUUCAAUCUGACCAGCUUUGGUAACAUCAAUAUAGAAUCUGUCCAGUAUGAAGAUACAGGUACAUACAGGUGUCAAAGUUCCUCAGGAUCAGACUCUGUGGUGCUGGAGGUCUUUACUAUUCCCGUCGUACAGGUGGUCAGGCAGCCUGGCAAGUCAGUACAUGUUGGAGACAGGGUCGAGUUUGUUUGCUCUUAUGGAGGACUGCCCAAGCCAUCGCUGCGGUGGUACCACAAUGGCCGAGAGUUGGACAGUGGAAGUGAAGGUAACCUAGUGUUAACCAAAGUAAGUACAGCAGACUCAGGGAUCUACCAAUGUAUUGCCUCUAAUAUCAUGGGUACAAAGUAUGGAGUUCUUAGUCUAUUGGUCAAUGCUCAGCCAAGGGUCAUCAGACCAACAGCAGCUCCACUUCAGGAGACAGAAACUUUGAAGCCGGAGCCUCAGAAGAGUCUUAAUGAACGAAUGGACAGAAAGAAGAAUGGAAGAAGGAAAAAAAUUAGUCUGAGAGAUAAGAGAAAGAAGAAAAAGCAAGGCAAAGGUCAUCAGGUGGAGACAGAGAAGCCCAAGUAUGCACCUUCAGUACCGACUGUAACUCAAUUGUCUGAUCGUUCAGUCAUGUUAAACUGGACAGUUCCAGACCCUGGUAAUGGUCAGACUAUACGAUUUUUCAAAGUCCAGUAUAAAGAGAUGCAUACAGAGAAAAGUAACUGGCAUACAAGUGAUGCUCAUUUGCCCCCUGAUGCCAGGAGAUUUGAGGUGGUCAAUCUGAAAUUAGGGGCCUCUUAUAAGUUUCGUGUCCUUGCAGUCUAUGAGGAUGAUGACAAUAAAAACUCACCUAGCACCACGACUUUUCGUUUGACGAUUGUGCCUCAUGCCCAGGCCAGACCCCCAGAGACAGCUCCAAUGAUUGUUGAAGCUACACCUGUAUUUUAUCAGGAGACAUAUGGCAUUGGUGUUAAAUGGCAGUACAAACCUGAGACAGCCUCUCCUAUUGAAGGUUUCAUCAUCAUCUAUAAACCUUAUGGCACUGACCUCCCCGAUAUGGAGAAGAGAGUCCCAGGUGCUGGUGUGAGAUCAGAGGUCAUACGAGACCUUUUGCCCAACACAGACUACAGCAUUCAAAUGCAGAGUUUCAACAUGGCUGGCAAUAGUCAGCUGAGUAACCUGGUGGUCAAGAAAACAAAAGCAAAAGGGAAUGGAACAGAAAAAACAACUUUUAAUCCUGACACUCCUGCUACUGAGCCUGAACAUCUAACAGAGGCGCCCAUUCCUGACCGUCGAAGUGGUGAGGCCCUGGAGCAGCCAGUCAUAUUGGGCAUUGUCCUUGGAGCUCUGCUUCUGGCUCUGUUUGUGUUGGUCACUAUGUGCUGGUGGAAGCAGAGACAACAAAAGAGAAGAAAUCUCUGCAACAGUUCUGCACAACAAAAGUUUCAGGAGCAGUCCAGGUGCAUUUUUACUGACAACAUCCAGGGUUCUAAACCUAAUGGCAAUCUCUAUCCAUCAAAUGGAAGCAUUCCAGCUGGCAAUGGGCAUGGCCCCCCACGUACUGCUCACAGUCACAUGAAUAUUGAUGUGAACCCUCUGGCUGAGUAUGAUGUCCAAACAAGUGCUCAUGGAGACAGUCGUCCCAAACAAUUUUAUGGCAAUGGCGGUGUCAAUGGUGUGUUGCCGCGCUGUAGUGGGGAUAAAAUAUGUAAGGAGAUGUCAUGUCAGCAUUCUGGCAGCAGCCAUGCAAGUUGUAAUGGAGACAUGGCCUAUAUGGAAUAUCCCAAACCUACCUACCCCAUGCAGCAUCGAACCCUACCACUUACUCCUAACCAACCUCUGCACACUUUCUACUCUGAGGCUGGCUCCCUUGGACGCUCUGUUCAUCACGAAUACUCAGAACCCGGAGACCAUGAGCGGUUGCACUCCGGAGUUCCCCACUCUCUUUACACCAAACAAACCAUGGCUCAUCCUAGUCAUGUGAAUGGCCAAGUCAGAAACUUUGAUUACAACUGGUCACGUGCCUAUGAUCAGCCUUGCAUGGACAAAUCAUCUCAUGUGUCCGUGGAUAGACUAUCCCCAUGUUACCCGGCUCCAGCAGACUUUGCUGGCAAUCACCCCAUGUUUGGGCAGCAGCACAAGCGCCUUCUCCCAACAUCGCCAAGCUCCCACAUGCCCUCACACAGCUUCCCGGCAGUGCCUGGGCCCCUAGUGGGUAGCUCUGCUGGAUUGCAUGUAAAUGGAAAACACAAACGCCGGAGGAAACGGCCCAAUGGUCGAGAUCCUGUCCUACAGGUCCAUGGCAUGAAAGACCAAGCUACUAACACUGACCUAAGCAGUAAUGAAGGCAAUUUUGAAUUUUCAGCUUACUGUCACACUGGCUCCAGCUCUGGUUCUGAUAUCUGCGGCAAACACUGCGACUCCAGCUUUGCCAACAAUGGAAGUCUGGAAAGCCUAGAAGAUGAUGAUGAUGAUUCUCAGUCAGCCAUCAGCCUGGGCAGCCAUGAUGAGCAAGGACCUCACCUGGUAUCUCAGAUAGCCCACCUGACGGCCAACAUGCCAUCACAAUGUGAUAUAUUAAACAGAUAAAAGUACCUUAUGGUAUCACUAGUACAUAGUAUUUCUAAAGACUUUUCCUCUCACAAACUACGCAGUACCUACUUACUGUCCAUUAUAUUGGACUAAUUUCAAAUUAUUUAUAUCAUGUUUCUAUUUCAAAGUGACACUAGCCCUGAGAAACGAGAUUUUCAUUAUUACAUAUAUUCUUCCAUGCAAUGAUGAAUUAUGCUGUACAUUAUGAAGCUAAUUAUUGGAUGAGAACAUAUUUUGAAAUGGGUGUACACAUUUCUUUGUAGCAAACUGUCAUGUUUGGGUCUGAAUGUGCCACCUCCCCUCAUUGUUGAUAUUGCAAUAUUCUGGCACAGAGUACAUGAUUGUACAUAUUCAUUAUAAAGUGGUGUAUUUGAUGGUCUAUGAUUUCUUCACCAGAUCAAAACUUGUUUUUCUAUUCUGUCAAAUCUAUGCAUUUGGUUUGUUUUAAUCUUGUUUUGAUUCAAUAAUUUCUAUGCAGAAAAUAACUUGUAAUAAUUUAUUUCAUCCCAUUUUUUUUUGUUGUGUGUCUGGUCCAUGCAUAAUUUAAUUUGUACUUAGUACUUGACUCACAUCACUCUUUGAUGAUUCUGUUGUUUUGAAUGUCAUUGUGUUAUUUAUUUAUUGAAUUUCAAUUCUUUCACAGACAAAAUAUCUGUACUGUCUAAUAAAUUAGUCCUUUUUUUUUAUGUCCCUUUAAGCCAAAUCAAUGAGAACUAUGGACUGAAUUGUAGGAGCAGAAUUUCAAGUUUGUUUAGACAACUUUCUCUAGGCUACUCUUUUUCUUUCUCAAUGUAAUGAGAGCUCUUAAAAUGUUGAAUAUAUAUGCCAUGGUUUUCUAAUAUAUUUUGUGAGAGAAAUAUAUAUAGAAUUUAUUUUGUUAACUUGUGUUGGUAGCUAGCCCCCACUGAAUCUAGUUUGAUUCAUUUUGAUUUUGAUCUGUGACUACUGCUGGACUUGUUGCCAGCUUUGUUUUGUUGUUUUUUUAUGUUCUUUUUGUUGACAAUUUGUAUCUAUGCAUUUUAAACAAAUCUGCAAGAGCCUUUGGACUACAGCCAGUUCCUUUGCAAGAAAUCUAUACUGUCAAUCUUUCAAUUUCAAGCAUAAUUUGUUCCUGGGCUAUUCUUAUCAUUGCAAAUGAAGAAACUAAAGCCUUAUCAACCUCAUUCACACACAUUAGAAUGAAUAGUUACUGAACAAGUUGUAGUUUAUUGGGUGAAUAAACAAAAAGAAAUAUUUCUGUAAUCAAUGAAAAAACUUUGUUUAGACAGUGAGACUAGAGUCAGUGUAAUAUUGUUUUAUUGUUAGUGAGAAAUGUUUCAUAUAUUUUGUCUUCCUACUUUUUAAUAAAACUCAUCUAGAAUGUCAUUCAAACAAGACAUAGCAUUAUUGUUGAACAGUUUUCCAUUGCAUCUUCAUGCUGCCAAUAUGGUCGUCACUUAGAGUUGAGAACCUCUAAACUUUGUAGCAUCAUUGAUUGGUAGGUCACAUCAAACACUCUUAAUAUUCAUGAGUCGCUCAAUUAAACACAACUUUUUCUUUGACUUUUUUUUUUCAGAUAAUUUAAUACACAUCUUUCUAAAAUUGUUUAAAAGUGUGACUUGUAAUAUAAUCUUUGACUGUGAGAUUUUUUACACCUGUAUACUUGACUUAGAGGCAUAGUAGCUACUAAUUAAAAUAUUAAAUGUUAUUUUAUUUUUUAAAUAUAAGUUAUAAAAUUUACAUCUGAAACCAGAGACAAAUGAAUCUAUUUACGUUGUAUGCAAUUUCUAAAUAAUCUAGUAGUUCAAAAAAUAAAUUUA